AUGUUCUGCCCACGUAAAUCCAUAUUCUUCGUGGUACGGCGGUCUGGAAGAGACACCUAUAGAGACGAGGCGAUUGGUUAUGUGCAGUUAAAAAGAGAACGAGAUAUCUGUUUUGUAAAAGCCAGAAUUACGCCCGAACAUAGAGUUAAAAGCAAACAGCAUCAUGGCAGCUUUGAAUGCGACGAAAAGGAGGAAAAAGCAGCCAAGCUAGAAUGGAGUGGUUGUGCUGCACAAGGGGGUGGCUGUAAGCAUUGUGGAGCGCUAUUAAUGUGGCUACACAGAAGAAGCGAAGAACCAUCAUGCACUUCCGUGAAGUGCUACUGGACAAAUGCCAGAUUAUCUACUACAGUAAUCUAA